GGAGAGUGCCACGUAGCUGUGACGUCAGCGCUUCCUGAUGCUGCUCUGCUAACAGUUAGCUGAACAAUCUGCUCCUCACGGUUUAAAACCAACCCGUGGAACUCAGCCUGGUCCAGUCGUCUGAUUCAGCGGUGGGAGAAGAACAGGUCAGACGGCACCAUGAACGGCCAGCUGGACCUGAGCGGGAAGCUGAUCAUCAAAGCGCAGCUCGGGGACGACAUCCGGCGCAUCCCCAUCCACAACGAAGACAUCACAUAUGACGAGCUGGUGCUGAUGAUGCAGCGCGUCUUCAGGGGGAAGCUGCAGAGCAACGAUGAAGUUACCAUCAAAUACAAGGACGAAGAUGACGACCUCAUCACCAUUUUCGACAGCUCUGACCUCUCCUUUGCCAUCCAGUGCAGUAGAAUACUCAAGCUCACUUUGUUUGUGAACGGUCAGCCGAGGCCAUUGGAGUCCAGUCAGGUGAAAUAUCUGCGCAGGGAGCUCAUUGAGCUCCGGAACAAAGUCAACUAUCUCCUCGACAGUUUGGAGCCCCCGACAGAUCCGGGUCUGGCUGCUGCAGCGCUCGAUAGCGAAUCCGUGGACGGCCGAGAAGGCAAAGUGGUGGCUGCAGAAACGGCGGUGAAGCAGGCGACGCCGGUCAGCGCGGCCAGCAUGUCGGCCUUCGACCCGCUGAAGAACCAGGACGAGGUCAACAAGAAUGUCAUCUCAGCCUUCGGCCUGAGCGAGGACCAGGUCUCAGCCGUCCCCGCCGCCCCGGAGGAGCGUUCAGGGACUCCUGACAGCAUCGCCUCGUCCUCGUCUGCAGCUCAUCAACCCGGGGUUCCCCCCCAGCCUCAGGCCCCCUACGCCGCCGUGCAGCAGGGACCCCCGGGGGGGAUGGACGGUCAGGUGUACCAGCAGUACCAGGCCCCCGGCGGUUACCCCCCCCAGCAGCCCGGAGCCCCCCAGCAGCAGUACGGCCUGCAGUACCCUGCAGGGUACACCCCCCAGCCCGGGGCCCCCCAGCCCGGGGCCCCCCAGCCGGGGCCCCCCCAGCAGCAGCAGCAGCAGUUCCAGAGCUACCCGGCCCCGUCCUCGCAGGCCCCGGCCCCGGGUCCUGGUCCGGCCCCGACCCCUGGGUUCCAGGGGGGGCAGCAGCAGCAGCACCAUCAGCAGCAGGGGCCCCCCCACCCCUCCCAGGGGCCCCAGCAGUUCCCCCCCGGGGCCUUCCCCCCCCAAAACUAUUCCUCCCAGCCGGCCUCCCAGCCGGCCAACUACAGCCUGGCCCCCGGCUCCCAGCCGGGCCCCGGGUUCCAGCCCCGGCCGGCCUACACGCCCCCCCCGGGCAGCACCGUCACCCCCCCGCCCGGCGCUGCUAACCCCUACGCCCGGAACCGGCCCCCCUACGGGGGCGGAUACGCCCAGCCGGGGCCCGGGUACCGGUAAGGGAGGAGGCUGAUCUGACCCCCC